AUGGCUCAGCUCAGUUCUGACGCCAAGUCGCUUAUUCAAGAGUGCCUGAGGGGCUACGAUGAAUCAUUCGGCUCCGGCUCGAUGAGCUGCACAAUCUACGAUACGGCCUGGGUGUCUCUAGUUGUAAAGGUCGUCCAUGGAAAGAAGCAAUGGUUAUUUCCCGAAUGCUUUCAUUACAUUCUCGCCGCACAGUCGGACGACGGGAGCUGGAAGACCGGGAACACCCCACAGAUCGAUGGGAUUUUGAACACGGCGGCUUCGUUGCUCUCUCUUCUAAGACACAAGAGAGAGCCACUCCAGAUUCAGGAAGUCUCCCUGGAAGACGUUACUGCACGAAUUUCUAAGGGAAUAGCGUCUCUGAAAUUACAGUUGGUCUCAUGGUCUGUUUCGGCAACACGGCAUGUUGGAUUUGAGAUACUCGUCCCGGCCCUCUUUAAGUAUCUACGACAAGAGGACCCCUCUAUUUCGUUCAGCUUCGACGGAAAGGAAGCCCUGAAGCGGCUGAGUUCUCAGAAGAAAUCCAAGAUAAGCACUGCAUCUCUCUAUGGUAGUCGAAUGAAUACAGGGAUCCACUCUCUCGAGGCUUUUAUUGGCGACAUAGACUUUGAUCGAGUCUCGCACCACAAGGUCUCAGGUUCCAUGAUGGCAUCUCCCUCCUCCACGGCCGCAUACCUGAUGAAUACCUCAGAAUGGGACGAUGAAGCGGAAGUCUAUAUUCGCCGCGUGAUCGAAUCUGGGAGCGGCCGUGGAAGUGGUGGUGUCCCCAGUGCUUAUCCCUCCAAUUAUUUCGAAUGGACAUGGAUCUUGUCAACUUUAUUGAAGGCAGGCUUUCAGUUUUCAGAUCUCGAGUCACCCCAGUUAAAUACAGUCACACAAAUUCUCAGACGAGCCUUCGAUGAGGGAGGGGGCGUGAUCGGGUUUGCCUCGCACCUCGGGGCAGAUGUGGACGACACAGCGAAGGGAAUCAUUGUCCUAAACAGCCUCGGGUAUUCUAUCAGUCCCCAAAAGAUGAUCGACAUAUUCGCAACAAACGACCAUUUUCGAACAUAUCCCUCCGAAAGAGACCCCAGCUUUAGCGCCAACUGCAACGUUCUGUCGGCCUUGGUUCAUCUGCCAGAUGUAACACUUCACUCCAAACAAGUUCUCAAGGCCGUAGCAUUCUUAUGCAACUACUGGUGGGCCUGUGAUGGCAGAGUCAAAGACAAAUGGAACUCGAGUCACCUCUACUCGUCCCAUCUUCUGGUGCAAGCUUUGGUUGAUUUCAUAGAGGCAACAGAGCAGGGUAGACUUCCGUCGCUAUCCGACAACGCUUUAGAGUCUAGAGUAUACAUUGCUAUCUUCCAGGCCUGUCUCAGGACCCUGCUCGAACAACAAGACGACGGCUCAUGGAACAGCUCCAUUGAGGAGAGCUCAUACGGGAUCCUAAUUCUCUCUCAGGCUCGUCGGAUGCGUUUCUUUGAUGAUCUGCGGGAGCCACUAUCCCUCGCUCUGACGCGUGGCAUCGGGUUCCUUCGAUCACAUGAUAUCUACACGCCCGACCAUAUCUGGAUUGAGAAGGUCAGCUACGGCUGUCUUAUGCUGACCAGGUGCUAUGCAAUAGCAGCAUUAAAGGUAUCGACCGGUCCUCCUGGGUCCCGCGUGGGAUUCCGCGUCCAGGACGAGACUUCAAGAAAGAUACGUCACGCUAUAUCGCUAUUCCAAGGGACGCCGUUGUUCAUCAACUCUCCUCAAUGGCAUAUACAGGCGUCGAUGCUGGAAGGAGCGUUGUUCCACCCCCUGCUGCUCUCCUAUAAACCUAACAUCUUUCCACGAAAGGGCAUGGACGAAGCCAAGUAUUUCCACAUUGUUCCGUUUACCUGGACGAGCUGCAACAACCGCUCGUGCACGUUUGCCUCCGCUUCAUUCCUAUACGAUAUGAUGGUAAUAUCAUUGCUCAAUUACGAAGUCGACGAGUUUAUGGAAUCCGUGCCUGGACCUGAGUUCCAAGGGAACAUACCUGGCCUCCGCGCACUGAUCAGUGACCUAUUCGUGGAGGACUACAGUAGUCCAUAUAACGGUCUUAGGUCGUUAUCAUUACCCUCCAAUGGUCAUUCCUCGAGAUGUCGUGACACCAAUGGAGCUGCCUGUUCGACAGAAAUCAAGGGUGCUACAGCAGGUGCACUAAAUCGUACCUUGGACGUCCAAGGCGUUAAUUACCAACAAGUCGCCGAACCUCUUUCGUCAUUUGUGGCUUAUGUUUUAGAGCACCAGUCAGUAGUUGCAGCCAGUGACUGGGACCGCAAGAACCUUCAACGUGAACUCAAGACUUACCUUUUGGCGCACGUCACCCAAGCGGAAGAGAACAUACGACUCGGCAACCAAAAUAAUACGGAAACCUAUGCCGCGGUACAACAGAGCUUUGCUGACUGGGUGCGGACAACUUCGUCCGAUCACACAUCGUGUCCGUACUCGUUUGCCUUCGUUACAUGUCUUUUGUCUUCUACUCUCGCGGGCGGUAAGGACUGCUUCCCCACAGUUCAGGAGAAGUAUCUCGCAGCGGCAUUUUGUCGGCACCUUGCCAUCAUGUGUCGCAUGUACAACGACUACGGCUCCUUGAGCCGAGACCAGGCCGAGAGGAACCUGAACUCUCUCAACUUUCCCGAGUUUGAGGAGCCCGGCUUGAACUUCAAGAAUUCCAACGCGGCCUUAGGUGUCGUAGAGGCAAGGAAGCGAGCCUUAUUCGAGCUUGCCGAGUACGAACGGUUCUGCUUAGGAGAGGCGCUUAGCCGGCUUGAAAAGGAGAGUAAGCCACAAGAAACAGGGAUGGAGGAGCCCGAAUCGCCAAGCAAUCGUCGCAAAGCUAUUCUACGUCUGUUUAGGGAUGUGACGGACCUGUAUGGGCAAAUUUACGUUCUCCGAGAUAUCGCAAGUAGUAAGGUGGUGCGAUGA